AUGGCAGACGAAGUGUGGGAGAUCGCGCCGGGGAAGAAGCUCGGGCCGUUCAGCCUCGGCGCCACAGUCGCAGACGUCCUCCUCCUCCUCAAGAAGAGAACGCCAUGCCGGGCCAUCGAGAUCGUCUACUGCGAGGACGCGCCAUUCGCGAUGGCGAUAGUCAUCGACUCGCCCGAAGAUGGCGUCAAGUUUACCUUUGACGCGGUCACGCAGCUCCUCAUUGCGAUCGAGGUCUACGCCGUGAACCUCGUCGCGAUGCGCUACCACAGCGAACUCGUAUUUGGGAAGGACCGGUCGCCGACCUUCCUCUCCAUCUACCAGCUCUUUGGCCCGACGUACCCUGGCAGCUUUGACGCCACCACUAGCGUCUACGCGCUGGGCUACCCGGGCGCGAGCUUCCUCUUCCCGAUUCCAUCGCAGUACAAGGCCAUGUACGCGACAAAGGAUGCGCUGCCGAUGGAGUUGCCGAACGGCGCGACGCCAGCUGCGAUCGGCUUUUCGAUCUUUGGUGGCUCAGACAGCUCGGCGCCCGAGCCACCGCUGCCCCUCAAGCCGUUGUACUUUGAGGAGGUCGUCGUUCGAGGCGCGGCAAACGAGCCCCCCGUGCUACUCUUCACAAAGAGCAAGCGCACCGUCCACCUCGGUGCGACACCGCAGGAUGUUGCGAGCGAGCUAGGACCGCCUUUCUCGACGUACUACAAGACGGUGCUGGAACACGCCACCGUGACGGGCGAGUACUUUCAAAACUACCCGGACCUCGGCCUCGACCUGCUCUUUACGCCCGAGCACACGGUCGCCAAAGUCAUUCUGCGCACCAACGUCCCCGGGCACUCGGAGUUCACUGCGUACUCGAAAUGCAACUUUCGCCUCGAGCAGCUCUCGGCCGACCCGGCGUUUCCGACGCUGACGCCGCAGACCUCGUGGUCGACGAUCCAGAGUGCGAUGGGUCUCGACGCUGUGUUUCGCCCGACCGUGCACGACAAUGGGUCGGCCGCCGACCCCUUUGGCGCUUCCUUCUUGUACACGCUCUUUCCUGGCUGCGUCCUCGAGGUGCUCCAGAACGGCGCGAUUGCGAGCGUGACGUUGGCGACGUUGUUCCGCCAACGCUAA